AUGCGCAUCACUCUGCGACUCGCACUGCGUUUUGUUGGCAGCAUUGCACUGAUCGGCAUCAUUGUUCUCUCAUUCUCACAAUCCAAUGUUGCAUACAAAGCAUUGAACGAUCGUCUCUCAACCUAUAGAGCACCGCUUUCUACACCCAACACACUGGCAAUAAACACCACCCAGCCUCUCAACUCAGUGCAGGAAUUAUGGACCGCCUGGGCGCAAGUCUACAAGGCCACGCAGCCUCAUGCGGCCAAGCUUGAGUUGAUGUUCAAUGCAGGCAACCUGCCUGUCUCCGCAGGCGAUCACUCAUCACGAACCCAACAUACAGAGCUUCUCCAAGGACUUGACUCUAUAUCAACUUUACAGACUGCCCACAGCAAAUUUGUCUCAGUACUGCAAUCAUGGUCCGACCACCUCGCAGAGCAAAUCUACAACGGCACAGGCGUUGUGAUUGUGGGCGGCGGUGAAUAUUUUGGCCCAGCAAUCAUCGGUAUCCACAUGCUGCGUCGCAGUGGCAGCAACCUUCCCGUACAGGUCUUCGUAGCAGACGAGUCUGAGUAUGAGGAGGACUUGUGCAAAGACUAUCUGCCUAAGCUCGGUGCUGAAUGCCUGAUACUCUCAGACUUCAUACAAGGCUUUGAAGUAACACACUAUCAACUCAAAUCUUUGGCCAUGUUACUCAGCUCGUUCGAACACGUCCUCUAUCUCGACAGCGACAGCAUACCUCUCCUCGAUCCCGAGAUAGAGCUCUUCGCAGUAGAACCAUAUACCUCUACUGGGUUAGUUAUCUGGCCUGACUUCUGGAUCUCUACAGAGUCCCCCUCUUUCUAUACCGUCGCAGGCCUUGACAGGAUGCCAGCCAAUCUACCCAAAUCGUCUUCCGAAGCAGGUCAACUGCUCAUAAACAAGCGAAAACAUCUCAAGACUCUGUUGCUUGCAAACUACUACAAUAUCUAUGGACCGGAUUUCUACUACCCGCUUCUGAGCCAGGGUGCGCUUGGCCAAGGAGACAAGGAAACAUUCAUGGCCGCAGCAAUGGUACUAAAAGCCCCAUAUUAUCGCGUCAAAACAGGUGUCACUUCAGUCGGACGUCUAGAUGGCAUCGAAAAGAAAGGCAGUGGUAUGAUACAGGUCAACCCUUCGGAUGACUUCCAACAGCAGAAUGGAGAUAAGUCNCAAAAACCCAGAGCAGCAUUCCUACACGCCAAUACCCCAAAGAUGAACGCUGCACACCUUGUUGAUGAAGGUGAUCUGUUGAGUACGGACGACCACAAACCAUUGAGGUUAUGGGGUCCUCAAGACGAGCAGAUCAAGAAGUUCGGGUCAGAUCUCGAAGAGACAGUAUGGGACUUGAUUAUACAGACGGGUUGCGAGUUGGCCGAUGUGGUUCGGGAAUGGUCUAACCGGAAAGACUUGUGCCGUCGCUUGAACGAACAUCGGGAUUCAGUGUUCAAAAACGAUGCAUGA